AUGGCUCAAAUCCAGCCCCGCUACGAUCUCCACCGGAAGCAGCAGCUCUCCCACCAGGUAGCCAAGGUCACCCUCGGCGGCUCCCUCGUCGUCCUCUCCGGCCUCACUCUCGCCGCCACCGUCAUCGCCCUCGCCCUCGCUACCCCGCUGCUCGUCAUUUUCAGCCCCGUCCUCGUCCCCGCUGCCAUCGCCGCCUUCCUCAUCCUCGCCGGCUUCGUCACGUCCGGCGGCUUCGGGGCCGUCGCCAGCUUCGUGUUUUACUGGAUGUAUCGGUACGCCGCCGGGAAACACCCUGUCGGGGCCGAUCAGAUCGACCGCGCCAGGGACAAGAUCGCCCACGCCGCGCACGAUGCCAAGGAGAAGGCCGAGCAGUACCCACGCUAA